UGUGUGUGUGAGUGCGCGCGCGCGCGCGUGCGUGCGUGCGCCGUGAACGCUUUUACUGGAUUCUCCGGACGCGUCCUACGCUGUGAAGUCGGAGGAUCGUUUCUAGUUGUAGUAACGCGCGCGACAGGACGCGAGGCUCCCGGUUGCGUCGCGUGUCUCCACUUUUAACGCAGCGUGGACGCAGCCGCACACCUGUCUGGUCCAUGUUGGCGCAGGUAGUGGAGAGGAUCCCGGAAGAAGUCGUGGCGCAGGUUAGCAGGUCGCUCGCGUAGCUCGGACUUCUCACUUCAACAGAGCGCAGAUGGACGCUUUACUCAGAAAGUAGUUUGUAGCACUUGAGCUUUUCGGCUGGUGAACAGAACGAAGAUGGACGCGGCGAUGAAGAAGAGGCUCUUCGUCCUGAUGGACGUGCUGUGCGUCUUUGUGGCUGCACUGCCCUUCAUCAUCAUGACCAUCGUGUACAAGCCGUAUCAGAGGGGGAUUUACUGUGACGAUGAGACGAUUAUGUACCCUAAGAAACCAGACACCAUCACCCACGGCAUGAUGGCGGCCGUCACCAUCUCCUGCACCGUCAUCAUCAUCUGUUCUGGAGAGGCCUAUCUGGUUCAUAGGAAUCGGAUUUACUCCAACUCCACGUUCAACAAGUACGUAGCCGCCCUCUACAAGGUAGUAGGCACCUUCUUGUUUGGGGCGUCGGUCAGCCAGUCGCUGACGGAGAUGGCGAAGUUCACCAUCGGGCGCCCGAGGCCCAACUUUCUGUCUGUGUGCGCACCUAAAGUCUGCAGCGGAUACAUGCAGAAGAUCAACUGCACCGGCAGACCGGAGGACGUGACGGAGGCCAGGUUGUCCUUCUACUCUGGCCACUCCUCGUUUGGGAUGUACUGCAUGCUCUUUCUGGCACUGUACGUGCAGGCCAGGCUGGCGGCUAAGUGGGCCAGACUGCUCCGGCCCACCAUCCAGUUCUUCCUGGUGGCCUUCGCGGUGUACGUGGGCUACACCAGAGUCUCUGAUUACAAGCACCACUGGAGCGACGUGCUGGUGGGGCUGCUGCAGGGCGCGCUCAUCGCCGUGCUCAACGUGCGCUUCGUGUCGGACUUCUUCAAGAGGCGUCCUCCGCGCUGCAAUCGGCGGGACGCGCCUGAGAGCGAGGAGCCAGAGAGGAAGCCCAGCCUGCAGAUGGUCGACACCGACCAGAGCAACCAUUACAACAACCAUCGCAGUCCUGUGUGAUGGGAGCCGAGCACCUGCGACAAGGGCUGCCGUCUACGGACCUCAAACCUGUGUGGCCCAUGAACUGAGGGCUCCCGCGUGCAGCUCGCAGCCUCUGAACAUUUCUAGCUCCCCUUGUAUCGACCACUCAAACCCCUGCCUGCUCCCCCACCAUUGGAUUGACUGAGGGAGCUGCAUGUCAUCACUAGGUGCACCCCCCCCCCACCCUUUAAAGACACUUCCACGUUGCUGUUUAUGUGUAUUUGCUGUGAGCUGCUUCGACAAAAUGCAGCAAAACCAUCAGCAACACGUGUUUUAUUCCAUCGCCGCCUUCUGUGGCUGAUGAGUAUGGCUGAAACAAGCACGUCAGAUCCAGACAUAUACCUGGAACGUAUGAAAUGUAAUUACGCCCACUUACGUCGACACAUCACUCGUCUUUCUCCGGCUCCGUCGAGGCUUCGCUCACUCCACCAGCCUCUGCUUUAAUGAACCUGGACGUGCAGUGACCUGCAGGGGGCGCUGGUGUGGCUCCUCUUGUGUUUCACAUGCAAAAGCUCUAUGACUCUAUGUUGGCGUGGAUAAUGGAGGAUUAAGAGACGUGUUUAUUUCAGUGCACCUUAAGUUGACUGCGCGUUAUCCCAAAGCUGCUUUACAACGGAAGCAUCGCUCAGAUUGAAUGUUGUGCUCUGACAUUGCUGAUGCAUUUGUAGCUGCUCUUCUAACAGCGACUCCAACACGUCCGCUUACUGAGAAAAACGAUUUCAUGCUCUAAAAGUGGCCGUACAGGUUCCUUCCUGUUGACUCGCAACGUGUGGGUCAAGUCCGACGCACCGAGACCUGAUGUCUAGCAGCUACUGGUUUUGAUUAAUUUCCCCUGUGACAGCAGAAAAUAUUAAUGCACCAGCUUUAAUUUCUGUUAGAUGAUAAAUCGUACCACUACUAGGAUGCCAAUCGAGUAAUAAGGCUUUUGCCUUUUAUUUUGCUUUUUCUAUUUUAUUGUUGUUUCUUUUUCCAGUGAUAUUACUAAUCAAAGAAGGAUCAGACACCCAUUUUGAAAAUGGUGUUUAAUUUAUUUUACGAUAGAAACGCCAGCGCUGUUGAGGUUUUGUGCAAUCACCUCUGCUUGCCACUAUGAGCCACAUACUGUGUUUACUAAUGAUACGAGACAUGUUUUAUGGCCCAUGAAGGAUGCGUGUGUGUGUAUAAAUGUACAGUAUAUGUUUUUAUUUCACGCAGUAAGUUUUAAUUCCACCUGUACCUUCACGAGGACCUGGCAACCCCGGUUCCAGGUCCGAGCGUAAGCCAGAUGCAAGUGGAGCGGUUGUGAAGAUAAAGACCCACAUACCAGCGGUGUGUUUGUGAAGCUAGUAACACUUCUCAUUUUCCACUUCAGUGAUAGAUCUGUCUUCCUUCCCCUUCCUGUGUUGACAGACGGGCGUUAGUAGAUGAACACGGUCGGUACAGUUUUCGUACCGACCCCUGGAACGCCGGCAUUCAGACGGAUCAGCGUCACGAGGCGGAGAGCCUCACCUGGUAGUGAUUGCGAGGCCCUGAACGUGAGCUGGGCCUGGGGAGAGGCGGGGUCCUGGGGUGGGGGGUGGGGGGGGGCUAGCCUGCGGUGACCUUGGGCUCCCUGGGGACAUCUGCACAUUCAACACGCAGAUUUCCAACGACAACCAGCUGCAGAGGCGUGUGGUGAAGUGCCGGGUGAGCCCUCGCCUCCACUGGUCUCACCUCCAUUACUGGUGUAUCCGUGUGCCCGUCUGAAAGUCCCAGUGAGAUGGAGGUGGAAGCGUGUCCUUCUGCUCCGAGCGCCUCCGCUUUGUUGUGUCGCUUCCUCGUACGUUGUUUUUAGUCUUUCACCUAGUGUUUCUGUCGUGUUUUUGCUUUUCUACAUAGACUAAAGUCUCCACGCGGAGGAUUUUAAAUAAAGAUACUGUUCACGUUCA